AAGUCGUCCCACAACGUGAUUGAAAAACGCUACAGAAACAAUAUCAACGACAAGAUCAACUACUUGCGCGACUCUGUACCAACCCUCCGUUAUUUGGUAAUCAAACAGGAAGCAGAAGAGGAGUACCAGCAGCAGCACCGAAAUGCCUCCAUUGACACCACCAACGCCGGUAUGGAGCCAGAUAUCAACCUCGAAGGCUUGAAGCCAGCUAAAAAAUUGAACAAAGCCACAAUUUUGACCAAAUCUAUCGAGUACAUUAAACACUUGGAGGAGAAGAACCAGCGAUUGGCGGCGGAAAACGACAGCUUA